AAAAGCGGCAACUUUCCUCUUCUUUCUCUCAUUUCGAAAUUGAGAGGGAAGCGACUGUAGCACUCUCUGCACCCGCACUCCACAGUCGGGACGAGAGAGGGCGGCAGGCGUGAUCGCUCGCGUGCGUGCGGUGACUGCGAUGGGCUCCCGUAGAAAUCUGUCGAGCCUGGUUCACGAGCUUCGAGAACGCAUAGCCGCUUCUUCAUCGACGCCUCCCAACAGCAGCAAUGGCGGCGACGACGCCCUGGAAAUCAGGUUCCGAGCUGUUCUCCCAAAUCUCCUCCACGCCUACGUCGUUCCGUCUCCCUCCGCGAAUGAGAGAGAAGUUAUAGCUGUAUUGAAGCUCAUCUCUCACACUGCCAGAAAUUUUCCUGGGGUAUUCUACCAUGGGAAAGCAAGUGCUGUUUUACCUGUGAUUGGCCGGAUAAUUCCCUUCUUUGCAGAGCCAGCAUUACGUGGUCGACAUGGAGUAAUUUUUGAGACAGUUGGAUCUCUUUUGUCCUUGCUCCGGACUGGAGAACGAGAUGCCUACCGUCAGUUUUUUGUGGAUACGAUGGUAGCUGUUGAAGAUAUAUUGCACGUAGCAUCCCUCUGUACAGAUGAAUCAAGCAUUUCUGAAUGCACUAGAUUGGAUCUAAGGUGUUUCAGCGGGUCCUUUACUGGUAUAUUUGGCGAUCCAGCUUGCUUAUGCGAUCUUCCAGCAAGUAAUAAACCGAAUGAUGGAUAUGGCCUUUUGAUGAACCUUUCUGCUAAAAGAAGGUGGCAGUACUUUGCCACUUGGAUGGUUAAGCUUCUGAGUAAAUGCUUAACAGAGGGAACUGUAUUUGUAGAAGGUCUCCUUAGUUUGUCUUUUGUAUCUUCAGCAUGUUGUCUCUUAUGUUAUGGAGAUGGUGACUUGCAAAUGGCAUGUUUUGACUUCGCACGCAUCAUUGGAUCGGCAGUAAACUAUGAUAUAGUUCCUUAUGAGAGUCUCAUUCAGUCGAUAUCAGCAAUAUUGAGUGAGGACAAAGAUGGACUUUCUGUAUUCAGAAACAAAGUUUAUGAUGCAUCAAUUGGCAAUUGUCUUGAUGCACUCCACCCUUGUUGUCCUGAUGAUGUUGUCAGAUACACAGCUUCAGAAUUAAUUAGUGUCUUUCCCCUGUCAGUUUUCAGGACGAGGAGCCCAGAGCUUAAGGUUGCUUUAUGCAAUGCGUACGUGAGGAUUGCUAAAAUUUGCCCACCUUAUAUAUGGAGACCAGAUUAUCUUUUUCAAAUGAUUUGUUCUCCAGAACCUUGCUUUUUGUUGAUAAGAUGCCUGCAAGUAGCACUAUCAAUUCUUAGUCCUGAUCAUGUCGGAGGCCAAAUUACCAACGAAAGCUGUCCAGAUUUGUUAAUCUCAUCCGAUGAUUCUACCAAAUUUUCAAGUAUUGGAGGGAAAAGGAGAUCCUCUGAGGGUAGGCAAAGUUUUAAUGUCAAACGCCAAAAGGUUGAUCAUACAAGUGAAGCUCCUGCCUCUAAGAUCUUAUCAGAACACAAAGCGAUUCAUUUGGCUUCCUGUGAAAGUGAAAGAGGCUAUGCCUACCCCAUUCACACUUUGAUUGUUUCUUUGCUUGAUCUGUUAAAGUCGCCAGCUAUUAAACCUGGUUCUUUAGAACCGAAUGUUGCAUUAAGAGCUCUUAGCAUGCUUAGCAUUGCCUUCUAUAGGGUCCCAAAGACCAGUCUUUCACUGUCCACCUGUCGGCAGAUGAUUUCAUGGAUCCCUUGGAUAUUUGAGGAGGCGAAGCAAGGAAGAUCCAUUGUGCUUGAUAUCGCCAUCUACCUGGAAGCCAUUCACAGCAUGUUGCUUGUACAGAGCCCUAUCUUAAUGAAGAAGUUUUUGAGAGAUGAGGAAGGUAAUGCAAAUGCUCUGAUAGGAGUCCUCAAGCUUCCAUGGACACAUGCUUUUGCAGUCUCUGAUCGUAGUCCUCAAUGGAAGACAAAACUUUACUCUGUCCAAAUUCUAUCUAAGCUUGGUCAUUCCUUUGCUGCUGAAAGUGUUCUUGAAAUUCUGGAUUUAUGCCUUCAAGAUGAAGCUGAAGAUGUAGUUGUUGAAGCUAUCAUAUCUAUGCCCAUCAUUGUCCUUUCGUAUGGCCUUGCAGUAAUGUCAAGUUUGUUUGGAAGGCUGAAAGUCCUGGGGAGUUACAAUCAUGAAAAGGUCAAGAAAGUUAUUCCGUUUUCCCUUGGCUAUUUGUCGUGCCUUUAUGAGUCUGGCAAUGGCAAUGGCACUGGCUGUCCUGAUAAGAGCUUUUGUAAACUAUUUUUUGAUACGGAAGAUCAGAUACUUAGUAUGACAAUAGACCUCUUAUUACAAGGCUUCUCGUGUUUGAAGUGUGACGGACAUGGUGUUUGCCGUCAAGAACCAGAUGCCAAUGUCAUAUCUUUUCCUGAUGGACAGUGGGCUCAUGUCUGGCUGAGUGAUGAAUUCAUCCAACUGCAGUCCUUGUUUUUCGAAAUUCUCUAUGACGAGUCAUCUGAAGAGGUGCAAAUUGCUUGUGUGCACAACAUUCGACGAAUCCUUGUACAUGGGAUUCAACAUACUUCAGUUGAAACGAGAACUGAAUGGAUAGCAUGCAUUAAAUAUCUGCUCGUGUGCAGACAGAAGGGGGUAAGAGAAGCAUUCUGCUCUCAGAUUGGUUACUUCACUGAUAAAUUGAUUUUGACUCUUCUUUUCUCAGUUGAAAACACUCAAAACAGAAGCGCAGAACAAUUAUUCUUGGACAUUAUUAAUAAUGCAUUGGGAGAAGCAAUAGACCCACAGCUUUCUGAAACUCUUUUGGAGUCUAUAGCAGAAAUUAUGAUUGCUGUUGAUGUCCAGAGCAAGCUUUUCUUGUCUUCCCUAAUUUUAUUGAUCGAUCAACUAGAUAACCCUCGUGUUACUGUGCGGACGAAUGCAUCGAGAUUGAUAGGCAAGUCGUGCUAUUUCCAUAUCAAAGGAGGAGGACUUGAAGUAAUUCUUUCAAAAGUUGUUCAUGUCAGAAAUAAGGUCUAUGAUUAUCUCUCGGCAAGACUGGCGAGCCGUCCAAGAAUGGUUAGAGAGUUUGCGGAAGCUGUUUUUGGGAUCGAAGUUGAAGAUCUUCUUAAGAUGAUGAUUCCUGUUGUUCUGCCUAAGCUUGUGGUAUCUCAGGAUGACGAUGAUAAAGCACUUGACACCUUACAUGAGUUUGCUAAGUCCUUAAACAUGGAUUUGGUGCCACUGGUUGUUAAUUGGCUGCCGAAAGUGCUUGCUUUUGCUCUCUGUCAAGCAAAUGAACAGAAAUUGCUUGCUGCUCUGCAGUUUUACCAUGAGCAAACUGGUUCAGAUAGUAAAGAAAUUUUUGCUGCCGCAUUACCUGCUCUGCUGGAUGAACUUGUAUGCUUCACUGAUGGUGGUGACUCAGAUGAAACAGGCAGCAGAUUAGCAAGAGUUCCGGAGAUGGUUAAGGAGGUCGCAAGAGUUCUUACUGGAGGUGAAGAUCUUCCCCACUUUCUGAAAAAUCACUUUGUUGGCCUUCUUAACAGUGUUGAUAGAAAAUUGCUCCAUUCAGAGGAUCUUUUAUUGCAGAAACAAGCUCUAAAACGUAUUGAGAUGCUAAUCAACAUGAUGGGUUCUCAGCUUAGUACCUAUAUACCAAAACUAAUGGUGCUUAUCAUGCAUUCUAUUGGUAAAGAAUCUCUCCAAUUUGAAGGUCUCUCUGUCCUACACUUCUUUAUUAGACAGUUGGGUGAGGUAUCUCCAUCUAGCAUUGCACAUGUGAGCUCCCAAGUUUUUGCCUCUCUUAUUCCUUUUAUUGAGAGAGAUGGGAAAAAUAGUUCUAAUUAUUUCAAUAAAGUGGUGGAGAUUUUAGAAGAGCUCGUCUUAAAGAACAAAGUAAUUUUGAAGCAGCAUAUUCGUGAAUUCCCACCCUUGCCAAGUAUAUCUGCUCUAGCAGAGGUGAAUAAGACAAUACAGGAAGCCCGGGGGUCAAUGACCCUGAAGGAUCAGUUACGUGAUGUUGUCAGUGGUCUAAAUCAUGAGAAUUUGAAUGUCAGGUACAUGGGGGCAUGUGAAUUGAGCAAACUGCUGAACACAAAAAGGGAAGAUGUUGCAGCUUUAAUUACUGGCGAGGUGGCUUCAGACAUGGAUGUUUUAAGUACUCUGAUUAGAUCUUUACUCAGAGGAUGUGCAGAAGAGUCGAGAACAGUAGUAGGUCAGAAACUUAAGCUAGUCUGUGCUGAUUGCAUUGGAGCCCUGGGGGCAGUCGAUCCUGCCAAAGUUAGGGGGUUUUCAUCCCAGCGUUUUAAAAUUGAGUGCUCCGAUGAUGAUCUUAUUUUUGGGUUGAUCCACAAGCACCUGGCUAGGGCUUUCAGAGCUGCACCGGAUACGAUUAUUCAAGACUCUGCUGCUCUAGCGAUUCAGGAGUUGCUGAAGAUUGCUGGUUGUGAAGCAUCACUAGAUGAGAAUGUUGAUGCUUUUACGUCGCAGAUGCUGCAGAACAGAAGUACUUCAAAGGCGACUUAUGCUGGAAGCAAUAGCAAAAAUGGUUCUGCUGAUGUCAAUUCCAGGGGUCAGAAAUUAUGGGCUCGAUUUUCAAAUUAUGUGAAAGAGAUAAUUGCUCCUUGCCUAACCUCCAGAUUUCAGCUUCCUAAUACGAGUGAUUCUGCAUCGAGUGGUCCAAUUUAUCGCCCUUCUAUGUCAUUCAGAAGAUGGAUAUAUUACUGGAUUAAGAAGUUGACUACACAUGCUACAGGUCCACGUGCAAGCAUUUUUAAUUCUUGCAGAGGGAUUGUUCGCCAUGACAUGCAAACUGCUAUAUAUCUGCUGCCAUAUUUAGUCCUGAAUGCUGUCUGUCAUGGAACGGAGGAGGCGCGUCAUGGCAUAACAGAAGAAAUUCUCUCUGUGCUUGAGGCAGCAGCUUCGGAAAACAGUGGUGUGUUGGUUCAUGGAAUCAGUUGUGGGCAAAGUGAAGUUUGCAUUCAAGCUAUAUUUACUCUGCUCGACAAUCUUGGCCAAUGGGUUGACGAUAUUGGCCAAGAUCUAGCUCUUUCCCCCUCUUUACAAUCUUCUGCCUCAAAGCAGCACCUUUCUAAGGCAAAAGAUUCAAGUCCAAGUUUUUCCUCAGAUCUUAUCAUUCAGUGUAAAAAUGUUUCAGAGCUUUUGGCUGCAAUACCAAAGGUGACCCUUGCUAGAGCCUCCUUCAGGUGUCAGGCAUAUGCAAGGGCUUUGAUGUACUUUGAAUCUCAUGUGCGGGAAAGAACUGGUUCAUUCAAUCCUGCAGCUGAAACCAGUAACACAUUUGAAGAUGGGGAUGUUUCCUAUUUGAUGGAAAUAUAUAGCUGUCUUGAUGAGCCUGAUGGCUUAUCAGGCUUGGCAUGUUUGCGUAGAUCAUUAAGUUUGCAAGACCAGCUCCUUAUAAACAAGAAAGCGGGGAAUUGGGCUGAAGUUUUAACUUCUUGUGAACAGGCUUUGCAGAUGGAACCUACUUCAGUUCAGCGGCAUUCAGAUGUGCUCAACUGUUUAUUAAAUAUGUGUCACCUUCAGGCCAUGGUCACCCAUGUUGAUGGCUUAAUUGCUAGGAUCCCUCAAUACAAGAAAACAUGGUCCAUGCAAGGAGUGCAGGCUGCAUGGAGGCUUGGCCGGUGGGAUUUGAUGGAUGAAUAUCUUAAUGGAGCCAAUGAAGAUGGUCUACUAUGUAGCAGCUCUGAGAGUAAUGCUUCCUUUGACAUGGAUGUCGCAAAGAUUCUCCAGGCAAUGAUGAAAAAGGAUCAAUUUUUGGUUGGCGAGAAAAUUGCUUUUUCCAAACAAGCCUUGAUUGCCCCCCUGGCUGCCGCUGGCAUGGACUCUUAUGUGCGUGCUUACCCAUAUGUCGUAAAGCUUCACUUUCUACGUGAGCUAGAGGACUUCCAUGCACUACUUGUCAAUGAGUCUUUCUUAGAGAAGUCAUUUCAGGUGGGAGAUUUGGAAUUCUCAAAGCUAAUGGAGAAUUGGGAAAAUCGGCUCAAGUUUACACAAUCUUCACUCUGGGCAAGAGAACCACUUUUAGCUUUGCGGAGACUGGUUUUUCAUUCCAGUGCUCUAGGUGCUCAAGUUGGGAAUUGCUGGGUGCAAUAUGCGAAGCUCUGUCGCUUGGCCGGUCAUUAUGAGACGGCAAAUAGGGCCAUUGUAGAAGCUCAGGCUUCAGUUGCACCUAAUGUUCACAUGGAAAAGGCUAAACUUCUCUGGAGCACUAGACGCACAGAUGGUGCCAUUGCAGAACUGCAGCAAUCUCUCCUCAAUAUGCCAGUGGAGGUUGUUGGUUCUGCUGCAAUAUCGUCAAUUAGCAGCCUUUCCCUGGUUCCUCUGAACUUGCCACCUUUACCUUGUGAUACUCAGGCUCUAAAUGAAAAUCGUGAUAUUGCUAAGAGUCUGCUGCUUUAUUCUCGGUGGAUCCAUUAUACUGGGCAGAAGCAGAAAGAAGAUGUGAUCAGUCUUUACACAAGGGUGAGGGAACUGCAGCCUAAGUGGGAAAAAGGAUACUUCUAUAUGGCUAAGUAUUGCGAUGAAGUGCUAGUUGAUGCUCGUAAGCGCCAAGAAGAAAACUUUGAACCAGGUCCCAGAACAGUUUCAUCGUCUUCUGCUGUUUCAACGUCUGCAAACUUAAAUGCUGAGAAGUGUUGGUGGUCUUACCUGCCUGAUGUCCUGUUGUUUUAUGCCAAGGGGCUUCACAGAGGUCACAAGAAUCUGUUUCAAGCCCUUCCAAGGUUGUUAACCCUUUGGUUUGAUUUUGGAAGCUUUUAUCAGAAAAGUAGCUUAUCAUCCAACAAAGAUUUGAAAAGUGUCCAUGGAAAGGUUAUGAGUAUUAUGAGGGGCUGCCUGAAGGACUUGCCAACUUAUCAAUGGUUGACAGUACUGCCUCAAUUAGUUUCAAGAAUUUGCCAUCAGAAUGAAGAAAUUGUUCGACUCGUGAAACACAUAAUUACCUCUGUUCUCCGUCAGUAUCCACAGCAAGCUCUCUGGAUAAUGGCAGCAGUAUCAAAAUCUACUGUACCUUCAAGGCGGGAGGCAUCAGCAGAAAUUAUACAAGCUGCACGGAAGGGCUUUAGCCAGGGAAAUAGUGGCACCAAUCUGUUUAUCCAGUUUGCCGGUCUUAUUGACCAUCUUAUCAAGCUAUGCUUCAAUGCCGGGCAGCCAAAAGCAAGGACAAUUAACAUUGCAACUGAAUUCAGUGCCUUGAAGAGGAUGAUGCCAGUGGAUAUCAUAAUGCCAAUCCAACAGUCUCUUGCUGUUACUCUACCUACAUAUGAUCAGAAUACGAAAGGAACCCUUGCUUCAGACAUCUUUAGUUCUAUUGAUCUUCCCAUAAUAUCAGGGAUAGCUGAUGAGGCUGAGAUUCUUUCAUCUCUUCAAAGACCUAAGAAGAUUAUACUGCUGGGCAGUGAUGGCAUUGAGCGACCAUUCCUUUGCAAGCCGAAGGAUGAUCUCCGAAAAGAUGCCCGUAUGAUGGAGUUUAACGCAAUGAUAAACCGUUUGUUAUCUAAAUAUCCCGAAAGUCGUCGAAGAAAGCUUUAUAUUUGCACAUUUGCAGUGGUUCCCCUGACAGAGGACUGCGGAAUGAUAGAAUGGGUUCCCCACACCCGUGGACUUCGACAUAUACUUCAAGAUGUAUAUAUUACUUGCGGCAAAUUUGAUAGGCAGAGGACGAAUCCGCAAAUUAAACGGAUUUAUGAUCAGUGCCAGGGCAAAAUGCCAGAAGAUGAAAUGCUAAAGAACAGAAUUCUUCCCAUGUUUCCUCCGGUCUUCCAUAGAUGGUUCUUGACCACUUUCUCGGAGCCUGCUGCUUGGUUUAGGGCUCGGAUAGCAUAUGCUCACACUUCUGCUGUUUGGUCAAUGGUUGGACAUAUCGUGGGUCUUGGUGAUAGGCAUGGCGAGAACAUUCUCUUUGAUUCUACCACGGGUGACUGUGUUCAUGUUGACUUCAGUUGCUUAUUUGACAAAGGCCUGCAACUGGAAAAGCCUGAAUUGGUGCCUUUUAGAUUAACACAAAACAUGAUUGAUGGAUUGGGCAUCACUGGGUACGAGGGCAUCUUUCUGAAGGUUUGUGAAAUCACUCUUUCUGUGUUGAGGACACACAGGGAAACAUUGAUGAGUGUGCUUGAAACAUUUAUACAUGAUCCUUUGGUGGAGUGGACAAAAUCUCAUAAGUCCAGUGGCAUAGAAGUUCAAAACCCACACGCGCAGCGAGCCAUCAGUAAUAUUGAAGCAAGGCUGCAAGGAGUUGUUGUAGGUGUUGGCGCUGCCCCAUCUUUGCCUUUAGCUGUUGAAGGUCAAGCACGGCGCCUGAUUGCCGAGGCAGUUUCACUCAAGAAUCUGGGGAAAAUGUAUAUAUGGUGGAUGCCGUGGUUUUAGGAAUAACUGCUCCGAGAAAGUACUGCUAACACUGAAGCAGGUUGCUAUUAUUUCUCGAAUUUACAGCGGCUUCGGUGUGGUUGGCUUCUCCACGUGAACGCCGAUCUGGACACUACAAAAGAAACACGAUCAAGGAACAUGAACUUUCUCAACCUGAUGUCGUGGCAACUCUUUA